AUGACGUGCCGAAAACAUGUCGUCUGGGACGAGAAUAAUCUUGAGCAAAAUGAGGAGUACCGCCGCCUGCACCCCGUGACGAUGCGAAUAACGGAACCGAAAACUCCUUACGAGUACGCCGGGGUGGACGAAGAGGGGAACUUCUCUGAUGAAACCGAGCCGACGGAGGGAAAUGGGAAAUUGGAGGAGGAGACUCUCACCACGUGGGACCCGAAGGUAAACGCACUAGCGAAGGAGGUGAAGGAGGGGUGCAUCAAGGGUAGGACUAGGAUCGUCGCGCCGAUAAGUUCUUCGGGUCGGCCGAUGUUGUCAGCUGCUGUUACGUCCGGCAAGCAGCUUGAGGAGGAGCACGACGAGGACUUUCGAAGGAUGCGCAAGGCGGUUUAUGCGGACGAGGGGGCCAGGUUCAAGGCGCUGUUGUCUAAGCAAAACGAGGAGGAGGCGAAGGACUGA